AUGCCUAACUCCAAAUGGAUUCGACUGAAUCCGAACGGACAAAAAUAUAAGUAUGAAUUACUACGAAUGCAGAAAUCAACGCAUACACAAAAGAUAUGGGAUAGGAGUUACAAUUAUUAUUUUGAUAUGUGGAAAGGUGUUUUUCUCUUUUUUAUCAUUGUCCUUUCUUUUCUUUUCUUGACACAAAUACGAUUUCACACACUGUCCGGCUCUAACAGAAAUAUACACUUUCUUCCUCUCUCUGUUUUCCCUUUUUCUUUCCUUCUUUCAUCGUCUGUAUACAGUUCAGUUUCCGAACCCGACUCACUGCAACAGGGAUAUACACUUUCUUCCUCUCUUUGGUUUUCUUCUUUCUUUCUUUCUUUCUUUCUUUCUUUCUUUCUUCUUCUUUACACAAUUCAGCUUGUAACAGAGAUAUACACUUUCUUCCUUUCUGGUUUUCCUUUUUCUUUCUUUCUUCUUCUUUCCACAGUUCAACUUGUAACAGAGGUAUAUACUCUCUUCCUCUCUGGAUUUCCUUUUUCUUUUUCUUUACACAGUUCAGCUUGUAACAGAAAUAUAUACUUUCUUCCUCUCUGGUUUUCUCUUUUCUUCAAACGCAGGCUGUAUUCUCAGCAUGUCUGCUUCUUUCUUUCUUUCUUUCUUGAAGUUCUUUCUUUCUUGAAGUUCUUUCUUUCUUUCUUCUUUUUUCUCUUUUUCUUUUUGUCCUUCUUGGCUUUAAUUCAAAUGUCUGCUUUUUUCUUUCUUUCUUUCUUUCUUUCUUUCUUUCUUUCUUUGAAAUUCUUUCUUUCGUUCUUUUUGUUUGGAAAUUCUUUUUCUUUCUUUCUUUCGUUCUUUCUUUCUUUCUUUCUUUCUUGA